AUGCGUACUAAACUGGAGAAAGAUAUGCCGCUUAAUAUGACGCUAAGCGAUCGUAAGAUCGAGUACGCGCACUGGGACGAUCCCAAUGAACUCGUCGACCGUCUGCGAUUGCUAGACGCAUCCCGUCAGGCAGAAGAGGUGCAUGCUCCGGCAAGAAGAAAUUUUCACCGUAAACGCAUUAUUGUACGCGAGUACGAUGAUCUCUGGCAAGCGGAUGUGGUAGAGAUGCGUCCGUAUUCGCGCUUCAACAGAGUCGACCACUACAUUUUUACGGUUAUCGAUGUGCUGAGCAAGUAUGGAUCCUACAAAUGGAUCGACAUAUUACCGCGUCUAUUUAUGGAGUACAACGCGAGAAAACAUCGAACUAUUGGUUUGCGACCUAUCAAUGUUACCCCAGCAAUCGCCGAGAAGCUCUUAACCACGGUGUACAGCAAUGUCAAGAUCGCAGGGCCAGCACGAUUCAAAGUAGGUGAUUCGCACUGUACUUUUUGCGUGUUCGAGAAAAUGGCAAGGUUCGAUAUGAUUUUCAUUAAUGAUAGCACCUGUCAUUACCCUACUUCCAAAAGCGGUGUCUAUCUCUUGCCACGUAUGUCCAUGUCCAGCACCAAUGUAUACAAAUUGUCUGUGCAGUGA